AUCGAAGUUUUCGAAACCCCAAAAUCACAGAAAAGGCGACCAACAAAGUCAUCCACCACCAGACCAAGAUGGCCUCGGUAAUGGCGGUUCAAGAUCAAGAAAACCACCAACACUCCCAACCACUCUUUGAGAAGCUCUUCUCAACAUACUUAGGCCUAAGCUUCGCACUCUUUCUUGGGCACUUACCCAGACGGGCAAUCUCUCUGGUCUCAAGGCUCCAGACCCACAACAAGGAGCUCACUUUCCAGCUCAUAGACACAGAGGAGCAGCUGAAGCAGCUGCUCUCGAGGAGGAAAGAGGACUCCAAGGCAAAUGCCCGGGUCGUGGAGAUCUUCGCGAGCCACCGCCACGCGUGGCAGCAAGAGGAGAGGAGGCUGCUGCAGCAGAUUGAAGAGGGGGAUGAGGAGAUUUUGAGGCUGAGAGGGAGAGUGGAGGAGCUGGAGAAAUCUGAGGCUGAGUUGAAGGAGGGUUUGGAGGAGAUGAAGAGGGAGAUCAGUGAGAGAGAUGAGAUGCUGAAUUUCAUGAGUAGCUGUAGUGGGAGGAGCCCUCCUUCCUCUUUUGGUUCUUGUGAGAAUGGGGGUGGGGGUGGGGGUGGGGAUGGGGAUCCCCAUUCUGAGAUGGGGUUGAGGUUUGGGAAACUUGGAGGGGUUUCUGAAGGAUUGGAGGAGUGUUUCUUGAGGACUGGUGAUGGGCAAAGCAUUGGGUUCAAUCCUGAGUUCUUGAAUUCUGCUUCCAAGUUCUGGCCUGAAAGAGCUAGUCCUUGGCAGGAUAUGAAGUACGAUUCUCAUGAAUCAUUGUAUCAUUUGAAACAUUUUGUAGCAAGAAGGGAGGCACCUUGGAAAGUAGACGGGGAAUCAACUGGAGUUUCAUCAAAACUGAAACUACUUGAACAGGAGUUGCUAAUUCUCGAAAGAAUUGGUAAGACAGAUCUAUCGAAGGUACCAUCGUUGAUGCGAAAACAGGCUAAGAGAUAUCAAGCCCUUUCGGGGCAAAUUGAUGAUCUGUGCAGAAGAAUGCAGGCUAGUGAUCCUUCUGAACCGACACUGAGUUCAGAGUUUCGAGCACAAAGACAAACGGAGUUUCUGCUUGAAGCAUUAAGGCUGAAGAAGUGUGCAUCUGAAACAGGUCAGAUGCUGUUGAUGCUACAAACCGAAACAGGGAAGGGUUGUUACGGAGAUGAAAUUGACAGCCAAGCUAAACUAUCUACAAAGCGGUCCUUCGACUCGAUUAGAAACAACUUCAGGGAAAUCCAGAGGAACUUAGAAAUAUGGUUGGCGAGAAUUAUGGGAGAUCUUGAAGGCAUCCUAGCUAGAGAUGGCGUUUCACGUGCUAGGGACUAUUACAUAUCUAGGUACCCUUUUGUUCAAUAGUGAUACGCUAAUUGACUUUCGUCGUCGUCAGGAAUCAUCGUUGGUAAAUUCUCCAUGGACUCCAUGCUUAUCAAGUGGUAAAUAGCUAGCUUCACUUAACUGCAAUGAUUGUGGAGACAAUGGAUAUUCUCCCUGUUAAAUGGUGACCAAAAAUGUUAGUAUCAUUAAUGAAACCUUGUACAUGCUUAUGUUAAUGGCAAUAUGUUGUUGUGUUGGCUGAUA